GAGUUUUAAUAGAACGAGGUCAACUUUCCCCUUCGUCUCUGCUUUAUUCUGCACGCAAGUGAAGCAACCCAAAGUUACUUAAACUUUCCACAAAAUGUCUUUCGCCGGCAGACGCAGAGGAAACAAGGUCAAGAAGGGUGUCCAAUUCACCCUGAUGGUCGUUGGUGCCUCUGGAACUGGCCGUACGACCUUUGUGAACACCCUUUGCGAGUCCGAGGUCCUGGUGCACAAGGUCUCCGACAAUCCAGACACCGCGCACAUCGAAGAGGGUAUCAGGAUUAAGCCUGCCAACGUCGAGUUGGAGGAAGAUGGUGUUCGCAUCGCUCUUACCAUUGUUGACACACCUGGCUUUGGGGACAAUAUCGACAAUGAGUUUGCCUUCCAAGAAAUUGUUGGCUACCUCGAGCGUCAAUACGAUGACAUUUUGGCCGAGGAGUCUCGUAUCAAGCGUAACCCUCGCUUCAGGGAUAACCGUGUGCAUGCGCUCUUGUACUUCAUCCCUCCGACGGGUCACUCCCUGAGGGAGAUGGAUAUUGAGCUGAUGCGCCGUCUUUCGCCUCGUGUUAAUGUGAUUCCUGUUAUCGGAAAAGCAGACUCCUUGACACCCAGCGAACUUCGGGGAUUCAAGAAGCGGAUCAUGGAGGAUAUCGAGCACUUUGACAUCCCUGUCUAUAACUUCCCUUAUGACGUGGAGGAAGACGACGAGGAAACCAUUCAGGACAAUAGCGAAUUGCGGGCAUUACUUCCUUUUGCCAUCAUCGGUUCGGAGGAGGAAAUCGAGCUGGACGGCCAGCCGGUACGCGCUAGGAUAUAUCCUUGGGGUGUCGCCGAAGUCGACAACCCAAAACAUUCUGACUUUAGCAGACUACGGAGUGCAUUGUUGAACUCUCACCUUGGCGACUUGAAGUCACUGACGCAUGACGUGCUUUACGAGACUUAUCGUACCGAGAAGCUUUCUCGGACGGUGCACGCGGACACCCACGAUUCUUCUAUCCUCCCAGAAGAGCUGGCGACUCAGAGCGUGCGUCUGAAGGAAGAGCAGCUUCGUAGGGAAGAGGAGAAACUUCGUGAGAUCGAACUCAAAGUUCAGCGGGAGAUCAACGAAAAGCGACAAGAGCUAUUGGCUAAAGAAGAAUCGCUCAGAAAUUUGGAGAGUCGUCUUGUUGCUCAAGGGUCUCAGGCCGAAUUCCGAGACUGAAAGUAAGUGGAUGGUUAGAUAUGUUGGGGUACUGUGGUCGACAAUUAUACCCUCCGUGUGUGCAGAUCCUUCCUCACUUGUCCGUCCGCUCGUUUUCCGUUUACUCUGCAAUUUUAUAUAUACCGGAUAAUCCAUUGCCAUUCCUUACGCGAAAUUUACCCAGCUUUCGAGACUUCUUGACAGUUCGUAAUCGUUUUUUUAGUGGAAAUGCAUUCGAAGAGACAUUUGCUGCUUUUACGGUUUUCCAAUUAUUUUUUGUCUAAGAUGAUGAUGAUCUAUAUGAAUGUGUUUUUGAGUUU